UGUCUUUACAUGUAAUGCUCGAACUCCAUAACUAGCCAUGGCUCCAUCUUCAUCACUCGUAAUACUACUCGCCAUUUUCUUCUCUCUAUCAAUGUUCUCCGGCGACGCAUUUGCCGGCGGCUGUAACGGACAGUAUACUCGCGUCGCAACUCUAUAUCCCUUCAGUCUGCAAGGCUGGCAAGGCGAUUGUUUUCGGAACUCCGCUGGUUAUGUAACAUACACUCAAGAUUACGGCCUCGGCUACAUUCAGAUCUCCACAUUUGACGCAAGAAGCAAAUUUUGUUCAGAUUCGUAUGAAUUUAAAGUGAAUGGGCAGAGUAUAGGACAUGAUACUUAUCGUUUGUCUAUCACCAGUCCUCAUACUUUUGACUUCGACCCAAGUUUAAGGGGCGCUAUAAGAGAGCAUGGAGUGGAGGUUUAUAUGACAACAAAUGGGCUGAACUGUGACCAAAAACAGGAACCACAAGCAGCAAAAGCUACGGAGAUAAUCUGAAGAUAAUGUCGUUUAUUUUUAAUUAAGUCAUCGUUAUUUCAAUAAAUUAAAAUUUCAUGCUACAAACAUGAGAUUUUUGUUGUUGUAAACCAAUAAAAUAAAGUAGUCAUUAAAUUUAUAGUUUU